UCCAUAAUCCCUUUUUUUCCUCACCCGUGUUUUUCUUCUUAAAAAAACCAUUUUUUAAUUGCAUUGUGAAUUUCUAUUCAGUGUUCUAAAAGCUACUUUUUGAUCCCUAAUUCAUCAUUUCUUGAUAUAAAGUUGGAAAUUUUCAAUGUUGCUAUAGUACAUUACAGUUGUUUUGAUUAAAUUUAUAAAUUGUAGUGAUUAUUGAUUCAUGUUUGAUACAUUGAUUUUGUUGUGAUCCUUUGAGAAGAGUGAUUUUUGUGGAGAAGUGAUUUUUGUUGUGAAGUGAUUUUUUGUUGAGAAGUGAUUUUUGUUAGGUUCAUUUUGAAAAGGAAAGAUCUAUAGCUUUUUGGAAGAUGUUGUGUGCUUGUUCUGGAGAGCAACAUAAAUUUGAAGAGGUGCCACAGUCACCUGAUUCAUUAGCAACAAGGGAUUUCUCUGCUAGUGGAUUGUCUUCAAGGACUGGAGAUUGGGAAUCUAAGUUCAAUGAAAACCAAGUUGAAGAUGUUGAAUCUACUCUAAAAGAAGCUCUUUCAUUGAACUAUGAGGAAGCUAGAGCUUUGUUGGGGAGGCUUGAAUAUCAAAGAGGGAACUUUGAUGCUGCCCUUCAAGUGCUUCAGGGUAUUGAUAUUGGUUCUUUGACCCCAAGGAUGAUCAGGGCUAUAGCUGAAAGAAACAAGCCUAGAAAACCUCGUUCCAAGGCGGGUACCGUGCUUCCUAAUUUGAUGUCAAUACAUUCAGUAAGCCUGCUUCUUGAAGCAAUUUUGCUUAAAGCCAAAUCCUUAGAGAAGCUUGAGCGAUACGAAGAGGCCGGGAAGGAAUGCCGAAUAAUUGUGGAUACAAUUGAGUCAGCACUUCCUAAUGGAAUGCCCGAAGGUAUUGGUGAAGUUUGUAAGUUGCAGGAAAUGUUCCACAAAGCAUUGGAGUUGCUUCCAAAUCUAUGGAUCAAGGCAGGUUUUCUAGAUGAAGCUGUCACUGCAUAUCGGCGUGCACUGGUCAAGCCAUGGAAUUUGGACCCGAGGAGGUUGGCCUGUCUACAAAAGGAUUUAGCUACCACACUACUCUACGGCGGUGUUGAAGUAAACCUACCAUCUCACUUGCUAGUGAAUGGUUCAACAUCACCGAUGAGUAACAUCGAAGAAGCGAUACUUUUGCUAUUGAUACUAUCGAGAAUGAUGGCGCUUCAGACAAUAGAUUGGGAUGCUGAAAUAAUCGAUCAUCUUACAUUUUCGCUUUCAAUUACUGGGAUGUUUGAGUCAUUGGCAGAUUGUGUAGAGCAGAUCCUACCGGGUAUCUUCAGUCGAGCCGAUAGAUGGUAUUUUCUUGCUCUUUGUUACAGUGCAGCAGGAAACAACGAAGCAGCCUUGAAUCUUUUGAGGAAGGUUUGUGGUAGCUCUGAAUCAAAGUGUAUACCUCAUUUUUCUUCAUAUUUGUUUGGUGCAAAACUGUGUUCCCAAUAUCCAAAUCAUGCUCACGAAGGCAUCAAACUUUCACAACAAGUUAUUGGUCUAGCCAAGCAUCAAAACGAGCAUUUUUUAGUACAAGGCCAACAAAUUCUCGGUGUUUGUUAUGGGGCAGCAGCUAGAACAUCUGUAGUGGAUUCUGAAAGAGUUAAUUUUCAAAAAGAGUCUUUGAACUUUCUAAAUGCAGCUGCCCUAACUGGAAAUGCGAACGCAGAAGUGCUGUUCAGUCUUGGACUCGAAAAUGCGAUUCAAAGGAAUCUAGAUGCGGCUUAUCAGAAUAUAAUGAAGUACUCAGACAUGACGGUUGGAAGCUCUGCAAGAGGUUGGCAGCUGUUAGCUCUCAUAGUAUCUGCACAGAAGAGGUUUAAGGAUGCCGAAACUAUAGUUGAUUUUGCUUUAGACGAUGCCACGAGCGUAGAUCAGUUAGAGCUACUAAGACUCAAAGCUGUACUUCAAAUUUCUCAGAAACAACCAAAGCAAGCUAUUGAGACCUACAGAGUCUUGUUAGCAGUAAUAGAAGCCAGGAAAGAGCUUUCACUUCAAGCUAAGAACUUUGGGUUUGAUCAAGCAAAAAUAUUCCGGGAUGAGGCGUUAACCGAACGGAAGUUGGAAAGGGAAGCAUGGCAGGAUUUAGCAACCAUUUAUACAGAUGUUAAUUCCUUUCUUGAUGCAAAAGCCUGUGUUGACAAAGCAAAAUCGGUCGAGUUUUUCUCUCCCAGAAGUUGGCAUACUACAGGGAAGUUGUUUGAAGCACAAUCAUUAUACAAGGAAGCCUUUGUUUCAUUCUCAAUCUCAUUGUCUAUAGAACCUGAUUAUGUUCCAAGUAUCGUUUCAACUGCGGAGUUGUUGAUUAAACUUGGUACGCAAUCGUUUCCAAUGGCUAAAAGCUUUUUAAUGAAUGCUUUGCGAUUGGAACCUACAAACCACGACGCAUGGUUCAAUCUCGGAAUGGUUUCAAAAAUGGAAGGUUCAUUACAACAAGCAGCAGAUUGCUUUCAAGCUGCUUAUGAGCUGAAGUUUACAACUCCAGUGCAAAAGUUUGAGUGAUUGAGUUGAGACUUCGGAGAACUUAAAUUCUGGGGCUGAGGCAAAGUGAGCAUCACCAAGAGCAUAAUAUAAAAGACAUAAGCGGCUACUAAUAGGGAAAAGAAAGAAAAAUUGUUUCAUGGUUACCCUUUCUUGGUUAACCAAAUGUUAAAAAAUGUAUAGCUCAAUCUAGCUGCUUACCUAUAGAUGUACUACUUCAACCUGUUUUCAAUGAAAUAUCAGUUAAAUUUGACAGAGUAAA